UGUAGUCCACUAAAAAUGAAUCGAAAGUCAUCACAGGCGUCAUUCACUUUGCUUUGGCAGCUUCUGGGACUUCUUCAACUUUUAGGCUUCUUUGUCUUUGGCUUAUGUUGCUUUUGGAUUCUUCAACGGUCGCAACACAAGAGGCUUAUUGACUCACAUCAUUUGAGAGGGCCAUCAUACUGCCCAUUGAGGUGCUGGUUUUGCUUUGUCUUAGUUGCUUCAUGUUUUGCCAGCAACAAAGUGAGAACCUUUUGCAAUUUGCUGCAGAGGAGUACUGGCUUAGUAAUUUUCGUGAGCUGUCUGACUUGGGAUUUUUCUUUGUUGGUUAAUUUUGAAGCACAGAAAGUGGGUGUGAAUCAUCAGCUUUUCACGUUUUGCCACCUGUUCUUUCUCCAAUCUGCAGAUUUGGAAUUUUGCUCUGCUGAAGGUGGGUUGAGCAUGUAACAAAGCGUCUGAACUGUUGAUGUUUUUUUGUUUUUGAUACUCAAGAACACUCGCAAGGUCUUCUCUGAGUACCACAAUGUGCCUAUGGACACUCACAAGGUGUUCACAGCAUUUGUACAGUGGGGUUCUUGCAGAAGCCCAUCUGUAAUUCACAACAGAGAGGUCCUUGUGAGAGCUCUCUUUGUGUAAGUAGUAUAAUUAUUGCCAAUUUGGGAGGAUUGUUCACAUUUUUCCCCUGCUGAGGUCUCUGUUAAUAUGAUACAUUUCUUGAUAUCAAACAUGAAGGAAGUUCAGGCUUCUGUACAAUGGCCUCACAUACAUAUCUUUUACCUGCAAGUCAGUUGUUCAUAAAGGAUACUUAAAUGAAUUUGUUUAUACCUUCUUAGUGGUAUUGUGACA